GCAGGCAGGCAGGACGACUAAGUUGGGCAAACAAUUGAAGGAAGUCUAAUAGCCAUUUGGACAAACAAGUUACAAAUAGGAAUCAGCCAUUGUGGAGCAGCAGUGUGGCUGGCCGCUGCUGCUGGCACAUGGAAAGGGAGACGCAGACUCAAUUGAAAAUAUUCCCAUUUGGAGCCAAUGGCCUCUUCUGACCCUUGCGGCUCAAACCUUCUUGUGGAUAUGCUUUCAAGGCUUCAUCAUCGAUGAGGUUGGCUGUGUUUACUAACAAGAAGGAGGAGGAAGAGGAGGAGGUCAUAUGGUGGCGUGCUCUCUCUCUGUCUCUCUCUCUCUCUGUCUCUCACUCUCUCCACUUAACAGCUUGCACCAGUUCCUAUCUGCUUUCCUGGCACUCGGCACUCUUUUCAGUGGGGAUACUGCAAAAGAUCCACUCUUGGACUCAACAACAUGGGAUCGUCGAUACUGGGAAAGGCAGCUUCUCUUGACGCCCUCUUGAAUGAAUGCAUUCAUGCAUUUGACGACAACGGCAAGCUACAUGCCAACCUUCCCCGCAUGCUUCUGCUGAUGCAUCGCUGGUAUGUUCCAUCUUCAGAACUGGCUGGGAAACUUCUGAUGAGGUAUCGCGACUGCAACGCUGAUGACUGCCAGAAAACAAGACUGAAGAUUUGUUACUUAAUGAGGUACUGGAUAGGGACAUUCCCUGCAGAAUUCGACCUGGACUUGGGUCUGAUACGGAUAACAGAAGAGUUCAGGGAAGUUGCUGAAAGGCUCAGCUGUGAGGAGCAUUUCAAACUGAUUGACAUUUCCACCAUUCCUUCGUAUGACUGGAUGCGCAAGUUGACGCAGCGUCAAAAGCAGGUGAAGAAAGGGAAAGCUUCGCUGUUGUUUGACCACCUUGAACCCAUGGAGCUUGCGGAACAUCUGACUUUUUUGGAGUUUAAAUCCAUCAGGAGGAUCUCGUUCCCUGAUUACAAAAGCUACGUGAUCCACGGUUGUCUGGUGGACAAUCCGACACUGGAACGCUCCAUUGCUCUGUUCAAUGGAGUUUCACAGUGGGUCCAACUUAUGGUGUUAAGCAAGCUGACACCUCUAACCAGGGCAGAGGUUAUCACCAAAUACAUCCGUGUGGCUCAGAAACUUCUUCAGCUGCACAACUUUAACACUUUGAUGGCAGUGGUGGGAGGGCUGAGCCACAGCUCCAUUUCUCGUCUGAAGGAGACGCAAUCGUAUCUCUCUGCGGAGGUAGUUAAGAUGUGGCGCCAGAUGACCGAACUCGUCUCUUCCAACAAUAACUACUCGUACUACCGCAAGGCCUUCAGUGAGUGCCAAGGCUUUAAAAUCCCCAUCCUGGGUGUGCACCUGAAGGACCUCAUAGCAGUGCAUGUGGUCUUCCCUGACUGGGUGCAAGACAAGGUCAACCUGGUGAAGAUGCAGCAGCUCUACGUGACUUUCAACGAGCUGGUGACAUUGCAGAACGCAGCGGCCCAAGUGGAGCCCAACAUGGACCUGAUCUACCUGCUCACGGUGCCUCCAAUAUCGAAAGGCUUCAGUGUCCAACCUACUGCGGCUUUAACAAAGGCCAAAUCUUUUCAGCUUUCUUUAGACCUUUACUACACCGAGGAUGAGAUUUAUGAAUUGUCACUGCUCCGGGAACCGCGUCAUCCCAAAUCGCUGCCAACCUCUCCCACAGCUCCUCCCAACAAGCCGCUGGUACCGCUGGACUGGGCCUCAGGCGUCCCGACCAAACCGGAUCCCACUGUGGUCAACAAACACAUCCGGAAAGUGGUGGAUUCAGUGUUCAGGAACUAUGACCCCGACCAUGAUGGUUUUAUUUCUCAAGAAGACUUUGAAAAUAUUGCCGCUAACUUUCCCUUCCUGGACUCCUUCUGUGUUUUGGAUAAAGAUCAAGACGGCCUGAUCAGUAAAGACGAGAUGAUUGCGUAUUUCCUUCGAGCCAACCCGCUGCUUCAGUGUGAGAUGGGUCCGGGAUUUUUGCACAACUUCCAGGAAAUGACGUAUCUGAAGCCCACCUUCUGUGCACACUGCGCUGGCUUUCUCUGGGGCAUCAUCAAACAGGGCUACAAGUGUAAAGACUGCGGCGUCAACUGCCAUAAACAAUGUCGGGAGUUGCUGGUUCUGGCUUGCAGGAAGCUGCUGCGCUCUGGUUCCUUUGGGUGCGUGACCCCCGACAGACUGAUGACGCACGGCUCGUUGCCCAGCAGCCCUGCACUCCACACCUGUAGCGGUGACAAGGAUGAGGUGUUUGAGUUCCCCGCUGUCAUGGCAUCAGCCCGUCCUACAAAAAGCAUCACCCUGAUGACCGGCUCGGCCCAGAGGAUCUCCGUCCGCCUGCAGAGGGCCACUAUCAGCCAGGCCACGCAGACUGAACCUCUGUGGUCACAACACAGCUGGGGGAGCACAGCUGACAGACGAUCACACACCUUCCCCAAAAGCAAAUACCGGAGCGGUCCGAAUAAAGCUCUCGCCUCGUGGGACAACCGGGAUAACGGGCCACGGCCGACACAUUUGGUGCAGCGCGGCCGUCCCGCUCUGGACAAGACCGAUGUCCUCGUGCAGAUUCAAGAUCGCAGAGGGAAGGACAGCUGACUUGGUAACCUGUGUGUGAAUCGCCAGUCUCAGCGGUCCAGAAAGACCCUGGUGGCUGGUACCAGGAAGUUCUUCUGUCUGGGAAGGUGCACGGCUCUCUGAUUGAUGUUCCCCAUUCACGGAGUGUGUGUGUGUGUGUCAUCGUCGGGUCACGGCGGGCUCCGGCGCUGACAGCGAAAUGUGCUAAGGCCCGCUUUGUUCAGUAACAGGGCAACAUGUGAUCUGUGAGAAAGGAGAAGCACAAUGGACAGGAGAGCGAGCAGUCCUUCUCACUCCCAGCUUUGAGAGCAGAGGAUGGAUGGUGGACUUUAUUUGGAGCAGUCUCCAGAAGACACCAUAACGUCAGCAGCACGAGUGGGAAACAUUUGGACAAAGGCUUAAUAGAGGCAAUUUCCUUUGUCACACCAAUCUUAAUUUAGUGUUUGACUUUUGGAUGAACAUUUGGACAAAGACAAUAGCUAAUAGAUAAUAGUCCACUUGCAUGUGGAUUGUGAAGUAACAGUACAAGGGAAAGUGGAGCUAAAAAGGAAGGAAGGAAGGAAGGGCUCGAUGCCGACGUCCGACAUUCGUGCUUAGCACAUGUCACUGAAAGGCCACUUGCGCGUUUUCUCACAGAUCAACCAGCCAAUCAGGAGGUGGGGGUGAGGGCGGGUGUGGCACUUUUCACUUUCAGUUCAGCUUUGGCCAUGAUGUUUCCCUAAUGAACUGGCCUGUGUACCUAAUGGAGUGUCCGUGUGAUUCCCUCGUUAAGCGCACCUGCGUGAAAACUUUUAGCUCCUUUCACCUUCCGCAGGAGCUAAAAGUUUUCACGCAGGUGCGCUUAACGAGGGAAUCACACGGACACUCCAUUAGGUACACCGACAUUUUCAAGUGUACCUCAUAACAGGCCGCUUUAUUAGGGAAAUAUCAUGGGCAAAGGUCACAGGUGCGCCCCACUAUUUGAGAAGCACUGGCCUAGGUGACUGAUUCACAAUUUGGUUUUGUCUGAUAUCAGAGAUUAAAUAAAGAAAACCAACUGGCUGAUUGAUUUGUUUUAAUUGAGAGGAAAAAAAAACAGCAAAAGCAUUUCACUAGCUGACCAGGAGAUGGCGACAGCGUGGCAUCUGAAGACCAUGGAUUGUUUGUUCUGCUAUAGCCUAGGUGACUGAUUCACAAUUUGGUUUUGUCUGCUAAUAGAUAUUAAAUAAAGAAAACCAACUGGCUAA